UUAGUUCGGCAGCUGGUAAGCAAUGGGCUGAAACUGCGGGUUCUGUGCAUUGCUGGGCGCUGGCAUUUGCUCACUCAUUGCUCAUGGAAUUGGAGACAACAGCGGCGAACAAAGCACAUCCUGUUACUGUAGUUGAUUCUGGUUGAGCCUUUUAUGCUCAGCUUUCUGGGAUGUCUUGGUAUUUUUGUAUUCCGUGCGUGGGCUGUGUCAGACCCUCGAUGCCCACCACCUUCAUGCUGCGAUCAGAAAGGUGGUCGAUGCUGGCAACAUGGUUUAUGGACGUUCUCCUAUUGCUGCGCCAAAGAUGGCGCAGAGGAUUGCUAUCGUUGGGGAGAGGAUUCCCCAGGUGAAGACAUAGCUUCUACAGUUGUCCACUCAGGAGUUCAGUGCAGGCACAUGUGUCAAUCGCAUGAGUCUUGUGCAUACUGGACAUUUAUUGUGGACGCAGCAGAGGUGGAUCUUACCAUGAGAGGGCGGUGCUUUCUGAAGUCAGCUCGUGCAUUGCAGCAGCUCGUGAAAGCGCAUCCUUUCGUGGUAAGUGGUGAGCGUCUCUGUCACUACUUCGGGGAGGGAAUGACGACAAGCGAAGCGCAGCUCCGAUCUGGUAUUCAGAUUGAAAGACCGUGGCAGACAGCAAUUCACCGGGGAGGACCUGGGUUGUUGGAUGGUGCGGGAACUCCUGCCUGGUUUCUUGAAGCCUCAAAGUCAUUGGAUGAACUGGGAUUUGUUGUGCUUCUGGACGCUUUCGAACAGCAACAACGCUCACAAUUGUUGGAUAAGAUUCAUGAGGUUUCCAAGAAGUUGUUGUCUUUGGAUCCAGAGCGCCUCGGAAAUCGUGGCCCUCGCAGAUACAGCUUUGGAGGAGCUUCCAGGACUUUGCACAUGAUGCAUAAGCGUGGCUGGGAACGGCUCCUGGACAACGAGGCUGUGCAUUUGCUGCUUUCAACGUACUACGAGGACGGCUUUUUGGCCUGUGGUGGAGGUGGUGACUUUGUGCUCCCCAACACCAGCACGUAUCAAUCCCUGCACCUGGACGUGGGCGGACCAGUUCAUAGCCUGGUGAAAGCUCCUGCCAUUGGUGUGAACUUCGUUUUGGAGGACUUGACCUGUGCAGACGCGCCACUUCGAGUCGUCCCAUUUUCACACCGAGACACAUCUGACCCACCAGAUUUGAUGUCGGAGUCCAAGGUGAUGAAGCAUUCCGUUCUGUGCCCUCUUCCAGCAGGGAGUGCCAUCGUCCGAGACUUGAGGCUUUGGCAUGGCGGCACCCCCAGUGGAUCAAGUUCCACGAGAUACCUGCCAAAUGCUGAGUUUGUAAGCCUUACUUGGGGCAGUUUGACGUGUGGUUCUGGGGAGAUUCUGGACCCUUGCCAGCCAGUGCUUCCAGCGGCCAUGUAUGGCACUCUCUCUGCUUUUGGGCAGGAGAUCUCAAGACGGCUGAUAUCUGCCGAACUGGACGAUAGCAAUGAUGAUUGGCUCAUUCCAGACUUUCGCGGCUACCAUCGGCACAGGCAAGAAGCUUACUGAUGCCAUGCACGGGCAAAAAAA